UUAAAAAAGAAUUAAAAAUGGCUUAUUACGUGAUGAGUUCGAGUUGUUUGGCAGGGGUGUUGGUUCUGGCGUUGAUUUCCUGCAGCGGGGUGGCUCCAGCAAACGGCACCGUUUUGUGCACGGAAGCAUUGGAGUAUCUGAUGCCAUGUCAGCCAUUUCUGAUGGGUGUCGGAGAUAUCACGACAGCAUGCUGUCUGGGUGCUCAGGCGUUGUCUCGUGCCACGUCAGCUUCUCCCGCCGACACGAAGACCGUUUGUCAGUGCCUCAAGCAAGUUGCUUCCUCGGUUGAUGUUAAUCAAGACAGGGCCAAACAGCUUCCCGUGCUCUGCAAGAUCUCCGUUCCCGUUCCCAUCCAGCCUGACGUCAACUGUGAUGCGAUUCAGUUGAACGGAGUACGUUAUGAGAAUUUUGAGAGGAAGGCUGGUCAGCCCACAACACCUGGACAUAGCCCUGGUAUCGGCCAUCGCGAUUAGCCACCACAUCCGGCAGGCUAAUUAAUUACUAUUAUUUUGGCAUAUAAAGUGCUGGGGAAAGCUAAGAGUGAAGAAGGUCCGAGAUGCAACAACUUCAUAUGAUUAAUAUGAUAUUUGUACUGUUAUCAAUUAUCAUGCAUCGAAAUAUAUUUUUUUAAUGAUCAAAUUGAGCUUUUGUGUUGUUUUGGAAUUAUAAUUGGACUUUAUAG